ACAUGUCUCUUUCAUCUUGACACAAUUGUUCUUCUCUUCCAACCUCCCUUGUUCUUCAUCAUCAUAAAGAAAACAAAAACAAAAGGAAGACACAAUUCUCCUCUAUUGUAUCCGAUUUCUUUGAUUUUCUCGAACAAUGCCUCUCGGGAGGUCGCGGAACAACAAGCGGUCGUCGUACACUUCCUAUACCUCGACCAUUACAACCAUAGUCUUUGUAGUACUAUGCGUCUUGGGCGUUUGGUUGCUGACCUCGAACUCAUUGGCGCCGCCACAGACAACCAAACGUACUGCCGCCACCAAUGUCAACGGCAAUGCCGACUUCUCUUCCCAUUCCCGUCUCAACAAAAAGGACACCCCCGUGUAUGAGGACAACCCUGGCGAACUGCCUGAUGAUGCAAUCAAAUCGGACGACCAUCACCAUGCAGAAAACAAUAAUGCCGCCGACGAUUCCACCAGCUCUCACAUGAACGUGGGUACAGGCAACAGUGUUGAGAAACAGGAAACAACCACGACAACACCACAAGAGACUGAAGGGGGAGGGAAUGAUCAGAAGGAAAACAAUGGUGAGAUUCCUCAGGUGAAAGAAUCAGUGGACGAAAGUGAGAAGCAGCAAACUGAUCAUAAUGAGAAUCAGGUCUCUGAAGACAGCUCCAUUACGCAGAACCAGCAGCAGAACCAUGAAGAAUCCGUCUCGAAAACUUCCUACUCCAAUGAGGAGAAUCAACCGAAACAUAGUACCGAUCAAGAUCAGCAAGAGAGCAGCACAGAACAGGGCCAGCAGCAGCCCGGUCAGGGGCAGGACAAUGAAGCCAACAAAGAUCAAGAAAAUAAUCCAGCAGAGGAUCAACCUCGGGAUGAGGUUUCAAACAGUGAGGACAAUCACCAGAUGGAGCAGGAUACAGAAGCUUCGCAAGAACAGAAACUGAAUGAAAGUGAUCAUAGCGAAGAAGAAGAUCAAAGCUCAAAAAGAACCGAUCAAGAACAGGGCACCGCAACUGGGGAAGAUGAGGUACAGAAGCAGGAGGAGUCAAAGCAGAAGGAUGCCACAGCUCAGGAGGGCUUGAGAGGGAGUUCUACCGGUGAUCCACAGGAUCCACAGAGUGUGAUCCCCAAUGACGACCGGGAAAAGAGGAUCGAGGAGCAGCAGCGGCAGCGGCAAGAGGACCAGCAACUCGAUGAAACGACGCAGCAACAGGCAUCGUCCGCCGCUAAGCAACAAGAACCGCAGGACGAUGAGAAUUCCCAGCAGCAGCAGCAGCAAGGGGGACAAUCACAGUCUCCUGCGGAGGACGAAAAUUUCCAGCAGCAGCAGCAGCAGAACGGGAAGACAGAGAGCCAAGAAAAGCAGUCAGAUUCGUCGUUUCCAGGGGGAGACAACAUCCCAAAGGAAUCAAAAGAGUCGAAGAAGUCUUGGGCGACCCAGGCUGCCCAGUCGGAGAACCAAAAAGAGCGCAGGCAAAGUGACUCGGAGGGCGACGGAAGCAUAUAUGGGUACUCAUGGCAGCUCUGCAAUGUGACAGCAGGGCCUGACUACAUACCAUGCUUGGACAAUGAGAAGGCCCUCCGUCAGCUCCACAGCACCAGACAUUUUGAGCACCGCGAACGCCAUUGCCCCGAAGAGGGCCCCACCUGUCUCGUCCCCAUCCCUGAGGGAUACAAGAAGCCGAUCGAGUGGCCCAAAAGCAGAGAAAAGAUAUGGUACCACAAUGUGCCUCACCCCAAGUUAGCAGAUGUCAAGGGGCAUCAGAACUGGGUCAAGGUCAUGGGAGAAUUCCUAACCUUCCCUGGAGGAGGUACCCAGUUCAUCCAUGGCGCGCUCCAUUACAUCGAUUUCCUCCAGACUGCUGUGCCAAACAUCAAGUGGGGCAAGCACACUAGGGUCAUACUGGAUGUGGGAUGUGGAGUGGCCAGCUUCGGUGGGUACCUUUUUGAGAGAGAUGUCCUCACAAUGUCGUUCGCGCCGAAGGAUGAGCACGAGGCCCAGGUGCAGUUCGCACUGGAGAGGGGAAUUCCGGCAAUUUCAGCUGUUAUGGGCUCCAUGAGACUCCCGUUUCCAAGCAGGGUCUUCGAUCUGGUCCACUGUGCACGAUGUCGGGUUCCAUGGCAUGCAGAAGGAGGAAGGUUGCUUCUGGAACUGAACCGUGUCUUGAGGCCGGGAGGCUUCUUUGUCUGGUCCGCCACGCCAGUGUACCAAAAGCUUGAAGAAGAUGUCCAAAUCUGGAAAGAGAUGACUUCACUGACGGCAUCAAUGUGUUGGGAGCUCGUCACGAUCCAGAAGGACACACUAAACUCAAUAGGGGCUGCCAUAUACCGAAAGCCGAGAUCAAACAAAUGCUACGAAGAGAGAGAGCAGAACAGUCCUCCAAUGUGCAAAAGCGAUGAUGAUCCAAAUGCUGCAUGGUACGUGCCUCUUCAGGCGUGUAUGCAUCGGAUUCCCACUGAUGAGUCUGAGAGGGGGGCCCGCUGGCCAGUAGUUUGGCCCCGUCGACUCCGAACAGCUCCCGGGUGGCUUAACAGCUCACAGAUGGGGAUUUACGGGAAACCUGCUCCCCAAGAUUUCGUCACAGAUUAUGAGCACUGGAAGAGGGUUGUGAGUAGUUCGUACAUGUCCCAACUUGGGAUCAGUUGGUCCGGAGUAAGAAAUGUGAUGGACAUGAGAGCUGUGUAUGGUGGGUUUGCGGCUGCUCUGAAGGAUCUUCAGAUGUGGGUCAUGAAUGUGGUGAACGUCGACUCUCCUGACACGCUUCCAAUAAUAUACGAGCGUGGACUCUUCGGAAUAUACCAUGACUGGUGUGAAUCCUUCAGCACCUACCCGAGAACCUACGAUCUCUUACACGCAGAUCAUCUCUUCUCGAAGCUCAAGAAGAGGUGCAAGCUUGCUCCGAUAAUGGCAGAGGUGGACAGGAUCGUGAGGCCAGGAGGGAAGCUAAUAGUGAGGGACGAGUCGAGCGCCAUCGGCGAGGUGGAGAACUUGCUGAAGUCCCUCCACUGGGAAGUCCACCUAACCUUCUCAAAGGAUCAAGAGGGAAUACUCAGUGCCCAGAAAGGGAAUUGGCGGCCCAACACAUAUGCCAAUAUUUCGUGAUCAGAGUCGCAACGAACACCGAUCCGAUCGAGUUACCGACAGCAUUAGGAAGAGUUCCCACAGCUCUCGACUUGAUAAUAUGCAUUGUAACCUCAUAAGGAUCAGAUGAAUUCACACACACAUAUGCAUUGUAAAAGUUUUGAGUCGAAUCAAUUUUCAAUUGUAAUAGUCA